CCCGUCCGCAUCUGGCGUACGCUAUGACUGAGCAGAGAUGCCAGAGAGCCAAGCCGCUCUUUUUACUGCGUUGAUAACAAACCGUUACUCAAGUUGAAAAUAAAAAUGAAAGGAAAAAACGACAUUUUUUGGACAACCGAUAGUAAUUCAGGUUUAAAUAUUAACAAUAGGAAAAUUACGUAAAAUUCCUAAAAGACACCUCUUCUGUUUUUCCUGUCAACAGACAAUUACUCAGUUAAUGAGCCCCUUUGUCUUUUCUCGGCACCAGAAAGUGAACUCCGGGAAGACGUAUAGAAAAAAGAAACGAAAUGGAGAUUACAUCUCCUUCUCCCCUUGAAAUUCAUGCAAACAGAAACGCUAAAUUAAAUGAGAAGAUAGCCUUCGCACAGAGAUCCCAGGCACAUCGUUCACACUAUCUUCUUUAAGCGAAGAAAAUUUGCGCAAUGACAACAGCCACACCGAUCGCUGAAACAGCAAGAGACGGAUGGACGGCCCAGGCGGUGUUCGAGGAAGCGGACGGGACAGCGGGACCCAUAGGCUUGCUCCCCCCGGUAUAACUCGUACUCGGAGAUUGGGACGAAAUGGAUAGGAUUGACGACUUCGAAGGCAAGCUCUGUGAGACGGAUGCCCUAUCCGGUUGCGAUCCCGAUGCGGGCGGCAUAGAGAUCGACGUGACGGAAGCAAUUGAUGCACCAUCCAAUUGCGAUCCGGAUGCGAGCGGCAUAGAGGUCGAUGCGACGGAAGAAUUGGGUGCAAGAGGUGGUUGGGACUCCGAUGGAAGGGCCGAAGACAUCGACCCAUCGGAAGCAGGCAAAGAAUCCGAUGCGGACCCAGAUGCAGGUGAUGAUGGCAUGCUCUCGAACUCCGAAGUAGGGACUGACGACAGUGGUGUCGACGAAAUGGAACUAACGGGAGAGAACGAGAGACUAGCAGGCGGCGUAAUACUCCCUGGCGCUGAUUGCGACAGCGACGGAGAUGCGGGCAUCGAAGAGCCAACAGAUGGAGGGAUCGAACCCAAACCAGAUGCAGGGGUCGAAUCUAUCGAACCCGUAUCUGAUGCAGGGGUCGAAGCCAUAGAGAGAGGAGCCGAAGCUUCUGUCAGCGAUGCCGACGCGGGAGUGGAAUCGGAAGCGGAAGGGAGAACUGGAGCGGAAGCGGAAGCUGGAGCGGGGAAUCCAAAUUGAGCUUGGCAUGGAGAAAACAGCACUCCCAUCAACACCCACGCCAACACCGUCAUCGCCGACAUGCUGGUUGAUCUAGCCAUAUCUGCGACUGGCACAGGCCAAACACAGCUAACGAUACCAACUUCUCCUCCGGCAGCCGCUCCUCACAGUAUACAAACUUACACACUCAAAAGGAGGUAUCGAUGAAGUCCUCCACCGUAUCUCCGCAAGCCCUCCAGUGGAUGAUGAUCAAACAGCGGUAAGAACCACCCGAGGCUGACAAUCAAAGAGCUGAAAAAAACGCCGUUCUGCGCCAACAGAACGAGCGAUCAAUGAGGCGUAGAGAUAUCAAACACCCCGUU